AUGUCUCGCGUUCAAAGUUGCCAGGCCCCUGUUGUGAUGGUCAUAGAUUUCCACCACGCAAGGGGCCCGGAGAUCGAAAUAUGCAUCGGAGAUGAAGGAACCGAUCCUGCAACAGAAAAUGACUGGUCAUUGUUGCCAUUCAUGGCUCUGUCCGACGGGGCGCAUUUAUCCACCGAGGACUUCUCGUAUUUUACCCUCCAUCGCAAGGCGACAGCUACGGAACCGGAGACCUCGCUUUUCGGUAUAUCUUGUUCUCGACAGAUCGACUCGAAAGCUCUUAUAUAUCGCCCGCCAGACGUGACGAGAUCUACUGUACAAAAGGCCGUGGUCGUCGUGACGGAUAGUCCACAAAGUGUUGGGCAAUUAAGAGAGAAGCUGUCUGUAGUGACGUCAGCAUGGUUUGCGCAACGGGAUUUUUCGGAUACCGACAUCCUGAAGAAAUUCCGCGAAGGCUUGGUACUCAGUCUGAAGACUGACGAAGCCAAGAAAGAUCAAAAUCUCGGACUCUCUCUGAGAGAGAUGAUUCAUGAAUUUAAAUACCAGACUUUGGUUCUAUUUAAAGCUUUACUCUUGCAACCAAAGAUGCUCUUCUUUGGCUCACGGUGCGAGCGUCUAUGCAUGAUACAAUUUUCCUUGGUAUCCUUGAUACCCGGUCUCAUGAAUAGCCUUGAAGAUUGCGCGGACCCGUCAUUCAACAGCUAUGCGCAGACUGUUGAGAAGCCGACAUCACUUAAGACAAGCGAAAGAAGCUCAUUGCUAGCGUAUAUGGGGUUGCCGCUGCAGAUAUUUGGCAAGGGAAGUAUGUUUGGUCCUUAUACACCGUUACAGCAGCUGGAUCUGUUGGCGGACGAUGGCACCAAGUCCUAUGUUGUUGGGUCCACCAAUUCGCUCCUUCUGCAGCAAAAGGAUCGCUACAGUGAUAUAUUAAUCAACCUUGACGAAGAUACCAUUAAUAUAAUAUCACCCUCCCUGCGGAAUGCGUUAUAUCUGUCCGCCGCAGAUAGACGCUGGGUGGAUUCUCUGACCCAAAUUAUUAAUGAAACAUGGGACGAUGCACACCCGGAGCGCCCUAAGGACCAUGGUUACCGAGGGUCUGAAGAGUUCAUUAGACUCCAGUUCGAAGAAUAUUUAGUAGCGCUACUCUCGAGCAUGCAGUAUCAUGAGGAACUCGACUCUCUAAAUGCGGGCGAAACAGGCAGUCGGUCUAGGGAGCAAUUGGAAGCGUUCAGCAUAGAGGGUGAUCCGGCAUUGGACUUUGGCCUGGAGUUCCUCACACAGUGGAAAUCCACCUCCAACUAUGCCUUAUUCAAACGCCUUACCUCUGAUGCGCUCUUAUUUUCAAUUACAGAGCCUCAUCACCCCUGUGCUGGGGGCCUCACCAUCGACGAUGUCCAACGACGGUUAUCGCAACAGGUUGCAGAUCUUCACUUGGAUGAGCGGGUACGCGAAGGCCGCGAGGCACUGAAUAGAGGCCUUGCGACAGGACAAAAGAAAGUGAGCGCGGCGUUCAACAGCUUCUGGUCGGAUAUCGAAUCAAUGCGGGAAGCUCAACGAAAGAGAAACGAAGAAAAAGCAGCAACCCAAUCGGAACGGUCAUCCAUUGAUAAGGGAUCUCUAGCCGCACCAUUCUCACCAACGGAAUCGACAUCUUCAAGCACGAACUCAUCUUGGCUUGGUGCCCGUAAAGCUCCUCCGCUUGAUGUCUCAGGGGCACAGGCGUCUGUCAGUGCGGCAGGCCAGCGAGCAGGAGCCUACAUUAGCUCGUGGGGUUCAUGGGCCAGUGAAAAGCGGAAAGAGUGGCAAGAAAAGAAGAGCACUCCAACUUCUCCAUCCUCUAUCACCUCUCCGUCCACCCCAACAUUGGCCAGCAUCACAGAAGUCACAGCAGAGGCCGACCGAGGCCGACGGCGGUCGAUGCAGCAGCGCCGCAGCGAAGACUCCAUUGGUCUUUCGCGCAGUGGGAGCAGGAGGAAGAGAUGGAGCAAUAUACUUCUCAGGAGAGAAAGUGGUGAAUAUUCUUCAGCUUAUAAGAGAGACGAUGGGAGCAAUGACAGCAGCGAGCAAGAAACGCCUUUCCCCAAGUCUCCUUUGUCAAAAGAAGCACCGGGCUUUGAAUCUGACCGAGAACCUUCUCAAUCCUCGUCCUAUGAGCCCGUGGCGCUUGAUGAAGUCGGCAAGACCAAUAAAACCGCAGACAAUAAAACCGAUGCAGAUACGAAGUCAUCUACAGUGAGCGACGUCAUUCACGAGGCCGACGAGUUGCACUCGCGUCCAUCCGCUGAGACCAAAGAACAUCCAGUCCCGACCGAGACAGCAAAUCUGUCCACAGAGAAAUGA